AUGACACGUGUACAACAUAGCAACGCAAAACGAAGUCGUUUUUUAUGUAUUUUUUCGUAUUUUAUCAUUGGAUACACCUUGUUUAACACUAAAUUUAUUUUUAAACAUAUACAAUCAUCGAUAUGUUCGCCUAGAAAUCCUGAUGAUGAAACUAUUCAUCCCCAAGAUGAAUGGCAAUAUCAAAACAGUAUCACUGGUCAAUGGUAUCAUUGGACAACAACAUAUAAUAAACAAAAUAAACAUGUCGAAUGGCGUGUCAAGUGGUUAAAUGUUGCUCCAACAUCAUAUCUUGGUGUUAUUGUCUAUUUAACUACAACUAAUGAACUCAAUCCACUUAAGACAUCACUUACUCAAUUAUCUCGUUUAUUAUCAAAUAAUCCUCGACCUGUUGUCAUUUUUCAUGAGGGUGAUUUUGAUGCUGAUGAUAUUCAAAAAUCUUUAUCUAACAUAUUGGGUAAUCAUACUCCAUUAGGUUUUGAACGUAUUCGAUUUUCUGACAAUGCAAAUCGACCUCGGUCUGUUUUUCCUCGAUGGCCACUUAAGUAUUUUCAUAUGUGUCGGUUUUUUACUUUGAUGCUUCCAAAUCAUCCAUUAUUAACAUUAUUCACAUACUACUGGCGACUUGAUGCGCAUUCUUACAUAUUUGGACCGAAACCUAUUGAAGAUCCAUUCGAAAUUAUGCAAAAACGACACAUUCAAUAUGCUUUUAUCAUGGCUAAUGAAGACGAUGAUCAUUAUGCUGUUGGAUUAUGGUCAUUUUUUCAUGAAUUUCUCGAUAAUCAUUGUUUGAAACCUUCAAUAGCUCUUCGUCAAACACAAACCGGUUGGUUCGGUGGCUAUUCACUUGCGAUUAUUUUUACCAACUUUGCUAUUGCUAAUGUAUCUCUUUUUCGUGAUCAUUCAUUGAUACGAGCUUGGCUUCAUGCAGUUGAUCGUAAUGGUGGUAUUUAUCGUUAUCGAUGGGGUGAUGCACCGAUUCAUACAUUAGCUCUAACUCAAUUUCUUUCACAAAAUCAUAUUGUGCGUCUUAGAUAUUUUGGAUAUAUGCAUCGGCAUGAAUAUACUUGUGCUAGUAAUAUAGAAAGAGACUUAUGUAAAGCACAAGUAAAAUCGUUUUUAACACAGAAUGGCAUUCGAUAUUCCUAUUAUCAAGAUGGAUGUUUUCCAUCCACUCAAAAUCCAUUAUGUCAUUAUUAUCCAGAAAUUAAACUACAAUCAUCGAUAUGUUCGCCUAGAAAUCCUGAUGAUGAAACUAUUCAUCCCCAAGAUGAAUGGCAAUAUCAAAACAGUAUCACUGGUCAAUGGUAUCAUUGGACAACAUAUAAUAAACAAAAUAAUCAUGUCGAAUGGCGUGUCAAGUGGUUAAAUGUUGCUCCAACAUCAUAUCUUGGUGUUAUUGUCUAUUUAACAACAACUAAUGAACUCAAUCCACUUAAGACAUCACUUAUUCAAUUAUCUCGUUUAUUAUCAAAUAAUCCUCGACCUGUUGUCAUUUUUCAUGAAGGUGAUUUUGAUGCUGAUGAUAUUCAAAAAUCUUUAUCUAACAUAUUGGGUAAUCAUACUCCAUUAGGUUUUGAACGUAUUCGAUUUUCUAAUCAUUUGAUUCAACCACGACCUGUAGGUGAUCAUCGAUGGCCACUUAAAUAUACUGACAUGUGCCGCUUUUUUACUUUGAUGCUUCCAAAUCAUCCAUUAUUAACAUUAUUCACAUACUAUUGGCGACUUGAUGCACAUUCUUACAUAUUUGGACCGAAACCUAUUGAAGAUCCAUUCGAAAUUAUGCAAAAACGACAAAUUCAAUAUGCUUUUAUUAUGGCUAGUGAAGAAGCCGAUUAUUAUGCUGUUGGAUUAUGGUCAUUUUUUCAUGAAUUUCUCGAUAGCCAUUGUUUGAAACCUUCAAUAGCUCUUCGUCAAACACACACUGAUUUAUUUGGUAACUAUUCACUCUACAUUAUUUUUACCAAUUUCGCUAUUGCUAAUGUAUCUCUUUUUCGUGAUCAUUCAUUGAUACGAGCUUGGCUACAUGCAGUUGAUCGUAAUGGUGGUAUUUAUCGUUAUCGAUGGGGUGAUGCACCGAUUCAUACAUUAGCUCUAACUCAAUUCCUUUCACAGAAUCAUAUUGUACGUCUUAGAUAUUUUGGAUAUAUGCAUCAGCGUGAAUAUAUCUGUGCUGAUGGUAUAGAAGGUGAAGUAUGUAAAGCACAAGUAAAACCGUUUUUAGCACAGAAUGGCAUUGAAUAUCUCUAUUAUCAGGAUGGAUGUCAUCCAUCCCCUCGAAAUCCACUGUGUCAUUAUUAUCCAGAAAUUAAACUAUAA